AUGGGGAACUUCUUCGUUCAUCUUUGUCCAACUGCCUGUCUCACAUUAUCUACAAGACAUGGCAAAUUCCGUCGUCCUCAGUCUAACCACGAUACGGAUACGUCCCUACUGUGCAACGAUCAUUCACCGGAACAUAUAGAAACCCGCACUGCUUCAGUUGUAAACGCUGCCGCUGCGCGACCCGUGGCUCCUAUCGAUCCCCCUUUGAAAGCACCGGUUCAACAGUUUGAAAAGCCAAGCAUGUUUCGGCAGUAUGUCAACUUCCCUUUCUUAACAGACGACGAACUUGCUGCUUGGAUUGUUAAAACACGAUUCAUGUUCCUUAUGCGGGGACCGCCCGGAUCGGGAAAAUCAUUUAUUGCAGAAUGUAUAAAAACACGCUUUCCAACCGCAAAGAUCUGUUCCGCGGACGAGUUCUGGUAUUUAGAGUCCGGUGGUGAGGUGUACCAAUACGAUAUCACCCGUCUGGAUGAAGCGCAUGAGUGGUGUCACCAACGUGCCCGGGCUGCCGCCGAAUCCGGAGUCAGUCCUCUCGUGAUUGAUAAUACCAAUAUUCGUUCAUGGGAAAGCCGAUUCUACACAGAUUUGGCACGUCGAUUUCACUACAUUGUGGUCAUGGUCACUCCGCAAACACCAUGGCGUUUCGAUACAGAGGCGCUUGCGGAGCGUAAUGUGCAUUUUGUUGGUCUUGAGGCGAUUGAAUCCAAAGUACGAAACUUUGAGCAUGUAUUCCCACUAUAUUAUGGAUGGUUAUGGCCUGCCGAAUCAGCGAAUACUCUGUCAGAUUCCGUAUCUCAUCGCCGGUCUACAGUAUUUGACCCAAUGGUGCAAACAAACAGUCUUCUUCAAUGGGCUUGGGAGUCAUUAGUCACGGUUGUUGGUUUGCCCGAUGUGCGAGUUCAAUUAGCUGCGGCUUUCGGGUUAUCGGACAGUAAGUGUUUUUUAUUAUUUGUAAUUCUCAUCCUGAACCGUGUGUGUGUGUGUGUCACGAAUUUCUUGUCGAUGUGGGUUGCCAUUUAG